ACCGUCUUUGUUUGGUGGGAAGAAUUGGGAAGCCCUUUGUUCUGGUUCUGGUGGCUCACUUCGAGCGACGAGAAGAGGCCAGUUCUCUCGUAUUCUUUUCGUCUGUGAAGUCUGUGUUUUUUUUUUGUGUGUUUUUUUUUUUUUUUGAAAACAUGGAGAAGAUGCUUUUGAACAGGUUGAAUGGAGAGAUGAAGAAAAUUAAUGAAGGACUGCCACAAGGAGUUGUUAGCCUUGCCCCUGUGGAAGGGGAAAACGGCCCGAAUUUAAUGAAGUGGAGAGGUGCAAUUGAAGGACCAGUUGGGUCAAGUUAUGAGGGAGGACUAUUUAACCUUGAUAUUAUAAUACCAGAUGAUUACCCUCUCUCACCUCCAAAAGUGACAAUGCUUACAAAAAUUUAUCAUCCCAAUAUUAGUAGCUCCGGGUACAUAUGUAUCAGCAUUCUGAAGAGAAGGUCUGAUGAUGGACAGUGGGUGUCAGGCACCACCCUACCAAUGCUCAUGGUUGCUCUACAGAGCCUCUUGUCAGACCCAAAUCCAGAUGAUCCAGUUGUUGCGUCCAUUGCCUCUCAGAUGAAGAAUAAGCCGGAUGAGUACAAGCGCUAUGCUACUGCAUGGACAAAGCGCUAUGCUAUUAAGCGUACUAUGUAAAUGCAGAGUUUAAAAUGUUUUGAUACAGUCAGAAUUAUUGUUAAUGUUGAUUCAUGUAUGCUUCAAUGAAAGUGUUUUUUUUUUAUUUGUAUGGGAAGAUCUUUAGAAAAGUAGGGCCUCUUGCCUGAAUUUGAAUUGAUGCAACUGUGAGGAAAUACUUUUAUAGAGUUUAAUUAAAUCUUAUAAGUGGACUGUAUCAUAUUGCUGUGGAAAGUGUGUCCAUAUUAUGAGAGUUAGUUUUCUGAAUUUUGCUUCAAUACGAUUUAACAUAGUAAUGUUCGAUAUUGAUUUUCUAAGUACCAACAUAUUGUAAAUGCUACUUUAGUUUUAGUUUGUAAACAUUGGUGAACUACCUUGAUUUUAACAUUGUGUUCAGUUAGUUCGGACUGCAAAAAUAUGAGUCUGUAUAAUUUUUAGGAUUUGAUUGAAAAUAGACUGGCUAGAGAAAGGUGAGGUUGAAAUAGUUCUUCUCUCACCUGUGGGAGGAGUGAAAUUGUUUCUUCUUAGCCUAUUUGAGACUGUUUACUUAAUAUACCUGUUAACUUCUUGCGUUUUAGAUUUUUAACUAAAUCUACUUUCAAAGGGGCCCCCUUUCAAAGACCAAAACAAUAAAAAUAAGGAAAAUACAUUUACUAGUACUUCACUGAAAAAAAGUUGUAGGAAUCAGCACCUUCCUUGGGGCGUUAGAUUUCUGUGUUUCGCAGAGGCACUUAAAGAUCAGCAUCCCUGGCAAUGUACUAAGUUGCUAAGUUUCCGGUCGAAGCUUCUACCUCGGACUGUACGACACGUCAGUGUGCUGAGCUUCGGCAUGACGGCCAGCAGGGUGCUGUCGAUAGCAGGUACCUCACACGAUGGGCUCGGUGCUUUGGAGUGGUGCCUUCUUGUCUUGAGGUUGAUACGGCUCUCCUUGGCCAUGCCUUGGCAAUAUAGGAGAGCUGGGCGGGGUUGAAUGGGGUCGUGACGGCGGACAAGGCUUCUGCAGAGCAGACCAUGGUAGCCGACGCAGGCAU